CUACCCUUUUAUCCGGAGGCGUGGUUGGCGCGUGUCUGUACCAUAAUCAGUUCGGAGCUGUGGCAACGUGGAAAAGCCAAUCACUUCUUAGUUUUCCUUUAACGUUAUCCCGACUUUCUCACUAGUUGGCAAGCUGAGAUUUGAUUUUGUUUUCGGAUCAUAAACGGUUCAGGGUAAAUAUAUUUUAUGUUUCUGACCGCCUGUUGAAACUUCCAGUAUAUCUUAUAUACUCAAAGUAUAAAGAACCGCGCAUUCGAAAACGACAUAAUUAACUACCCACAUUCUUAUUAAUGGAACCUCAUACUCCGUUGACAGCGGCCUUGCUGAUGACUGGGCGCAGACGAGCACUACCUAUUGACUCCUACGGGGAACCAUUCACCGAGCUCACGGACUCCAAUAUUCCAAGCCAAGGCUCCUUGAAUGGCCUCGACAUGAAUCAUUCCACAUUUUCAACAAGCCUCAGCUAUGAUAACAACUAUCGCCCCCUAGAUUUGUUGGAGCCAAGUCAAACUCAUGGCACAACUCAUCUGUCUAAGAUCCAUUCUCAUCAUGACUGCGGGAUUACGGAUGCUUCAUCACUGGAUGAAACGGCUCUCUUUGUUGCAAACUAUCUCCACCAGAUGCGCCUGACAUUUGGGACGGGCAUGACCGUUGACCAAGCAAUUCGAAUAUGUAGUGGGCAGUGGGACACCCCAGACCCCGAUCCUAUGCACGGUCAGAUGGGAAUAGAUGAAUUUGGUUCGAAUAUCAGUUCACCUUCGACGAGUCACACAGGUUCCCAAUCUAGCAGAUCAGCGACUCGCCAGUCUAGUCCCAGCGAGAGGGCGUCUUUCAGAUCCAGUGCUGUUAUGCAGACUGACCACGAGAUAUUCCGAGACAAUGACAGGAUAAAGGUCAGAUGUCUCGAAGGCCCUUGCAACGGCAAUGUAUUGAUGAAGGACAAUUAUGCCCGCCACGUGCGUGAACAUCAUUUUGGUUGUAAGAGGAAGGUGGGAGGGAGCUCUAGACGAGGUGUUCGUCUCGGAACGAAAUGACUCGGAUGGACAUACCGCACGACCAUGGUUGCGGCAGCAAUGGA